UGCCUCUUCUCCUGUAUCUUGGACUUUGCUUGUCUACUUGUAUAUUCCAUGACCUGUGUACCUCAGUGCACCUCUAGGUAUUUGUCCAAAUGUAUACUCGGACUCCAUGAACCAUCUCUAUCAAUUUUUUGCUCUCGAUUUUAACGUGUUCACUUGAAUUUUCACAUCGCGAACUGGUCUCCAAAUAUCAGCUGCGCGUUGGAAGACAAAUAGCCGAGCGUACAACUGCAGUCGAACUUGAAGUACCAUUGUGAGCUUCUAAUCUUCCUGCCGAGGUGCGAAUUUGCUUCUCAAGGGAAAAGACGCAUCUGAAGUCGAACAUUCACCAAUUAGCCGCUGGCUCAUAGUCUGCUGCCCUCUAUCUUACAAGUCGUUUGGAAAAAUCACAGGCCCGCAGACGCCAAAAGUUGCCUGUCGAACAAUUCAAGUAUGACUUCGUCCACCUCGUCGCACUCAUCUGGCCACCAAGAAUCCCCGUCACGAUCUGUAAUUCAAUCUUUGACACAAAGGUCCAAGGAUGAAGGCUUGACUUCUUCUCAUGAUUCCAAUUCAGCAUCGUUAUUUCCUUCAUUUAUCCUACCCUCCCGUCCCAAAUUACCGGAACCUCAGACCCCGUCAACGUCCCACUCGAAUCUUGCUCAACUGAUACUCAAGCAGAAGGAAACGCGUGACUACAAAAAAGCUUCGCAUCCCAAGGCAUUUUUCAUCAAGCCAAGUUCAGGACCAUCAGAAAAACCACUGAUUACCGCAACAAGCUCUCAGAUAGUUCGGUCUCCUGCUGAUUUCGAGUUCCCACCUUUAUCUCUCGACCAGAACGCGCAUUUACCUUGCGCCUCACAUGUUACUCCUGUGGGAAUUCUCAAGUCACACCAAUAUAACAGUACGAACGAUCCUCAAUCACUUUCUGCUCCAGCGCCGAAAGCUAUACACAGUUCGAACAAUGCUCCAAUUUUCAAUGCCUCUCGAAAUAACAUCUGCUCAGAUACCGACACACAAGCCCAAUUGGCUUGGCUUGGUUAUCACCAAGAGCUCCGUAGAGAUUGGGAUUUUUGGUCAUCUCUAUCCCUUUCUACAUUGAACAUUGGCACGAUACCCGGCGCUUUCUUAGGACUACUCACUGCGAUGGAGUGGGGUGGACCUUGUGUAAUCUUCUGGGGAUACAUUAUAGGAAUGAUUAUUGUUUUGUGUCUGAGUGCUGUUGUCGCUGAGAUAGCUUCGGCCUAUCCAGUAGCAGGGGCUAUGUUGACUUGGACGUUUAAACUGGCACGAGCAAAUCCCAAGUUGAGGGACUGGGCUCGGUUCAUUAGCUGGUUGGUUGGGACUUUGCUCUUUGUGGCCCACGUGGUGGUUCAAGUUGCUCUAACUUCUCAAUGUACUUUGAUGGUAGUGAGCGUUAUCAACCGUUUUUAUCCUACAUGGAUAAUCAACUCCGGCUGGCAGACAUUUCUUCUGAACGCGGGUCAUCUAAUUCUGUGCGGUCUGCUACUCUGCACGGCUCCAAUCCGCUCGCCGCGUCUCUGGAAAAUUCUUGGUGCACUUUCAAUAGUACUCUAUUUAAUCAUAUGCAUCGGCUUGGUUAUAGGACCAAGGCUUGCAGGUCACCAUCAUCACGGACCCAAACACCUAGCCAAGAUGCUCGUAACAUUUCAUAACGACACCACAUUCAAAUCAAAGGGAGCUGCAGUAGAUGCCUUCGUUUUCCUCAUGGGCACGUCUCUCGUGUCUCUAGCGUUUGGCGCCGAAGCCUCUGCCCACCUCGCUGAAGAAACACGAACCCCCGCUGCUACUGUUCCUAAGGCAUUGUUUUCAAGCACCCUAGUCAGCUAUAUUUUGGGAUUAAUCCUGAAUAUUUGCCUAGUUGCGGCGCUUCUUCCCCUAACUCCGAAAGAAGCUCAACAUAAACUACAUUUGAUCGACAUGCUUUUCACACAUUGUACUCCGCCCAUUGCCACAAUGAUCUUGGUUUCUUUGUUGUUACUCAUGUUUUUCCAAGACAUUGCUCAACUCUUUGCCGCCAGUCGGUUUACCUGGGCUCUGGCCCGCGAUAAUGCUUUUCCGGGAUCGAAAAUCUGGCGCAAGGUUUCGGGGAGUUGGAGUUCUAUCCUAAGAAACACCACUGACGAUGAUGGAAGCGCCCGUCGCAUCCCAAGGAUGGCGAUCGUGUUAUUGGUUGGGUGUGGAUUGGCCACAGCGGCAGCCAUCGAGUUCAGAGAAGGCAUUUUUUCCGACUCCUUGAUCACCUCUGCCACCUACCUAUUAGUUUUUUGUUAUCUGGCCCCUCUAUUAAUUUAUCUGACGUGCGAUCCGGAUGUACUCGAAUACGAUGGUAGAAAUGUGUGGCGAAUUCCGAGUCUCAGUCGGCCUUGCACUUGGGUUUCUCUUUUAUCUCUGAUCGUCGUUUUGUUACUCAUGGCAUGUCCUCACGGUCUUCCGAUUACAAUUGAGAGUUGGUCAUGGUCUCCGCUUAUCACUCUAGUUUUUACGAUUGCUUCGAGCAUUGGUUGGAUCACGUAUGGAAGUAGCCGAUACAUAGGCCCUAUAAAAUCCAUCACGUUUUGGACAACUGGACAAGAAGUUGACUUCCCUAGACCGCAAUUCGGAAUUGGAGGUUUGCCCAAUUUUGACAAGAGUGCUGUUGGAGAAGAAGCCAGUCCAAGAAAUCCGGGAAUUUUCCACAACAACAACAUCGCUCAACCAGUCGUCGAGCGUGGCAACAGUGAAGAAAGCCUAUCUUCCGAAGAUCGAUCCCAUUGGCCUAUCACAAUCACUAGGACUACAGUGACAGAGGUCUGCAGUGCUUCGACGAUGAUUUGCCCAGCAAUCAACCGAUGAUAUGAUUAUUUCUUCAGCUCGAUUCUUGGAUCUUAGCUCCACUAUACCCUACAAAAUACCUCCUUCUGUUUCUUGUUGUAAAAAAAGAGGUCUUUGAGAUCCGUAAAGCGUAUUGCAAUUUGCUUCUGUUUAUUUUCUCUCCAUCGCGGAUUUUCUUCAAUCUAUGACUGCAUUAUGUGGACUAUUUUUCUAUUAAUCAUGAUUCUAUACAUUUGUUGAAUCUUUGUGCAGCUUGAAAUCCGAUAAAAAUUAAGGAAUUUAAAAAAAAUACGCAUUGUCC